UUAUUGAACACAGAAAUCUUAAUUGAAUAAAUUGCCUGCCGUAUUUUUAGUAACUAAUAAGUAAUUUUUUGAGUGGCAAGAACAGUAUAUCUUAAGAAAUAGGUAAUUUGACACAACCAUUCUAGGCGAAAAGAGGUUAUGUAAUAAAUGUGUUGAAUGUUUUUCAAAUUUCAUCUGUAGAAUUUAAGUAGAUACUCUCAGAUUGAGACUAUAGCAUUAUGUCUACAAAUAACGCAAGGGAAACUCCAAGUAACAACGAUAAAGAAACCGGUAGUGAUGUGUCUACUACUACGGAUAAAAAUGCUGAUGAAAUUUUAGAAGAUAAAUGGAUGAUCAGAGAAUGUGACCUCUACAAAGAUGAGUAUAAGGAGUGCACAAGCUUCCGAGGUCGCUUCCAACAGUACUUUGUAUUUGGAGAGACAUUAGACUGCAAUCAGUGGAAGAAGGACUACAAUAAUUGCUGUAAAUGGGAGGAUGGUAAAGACCUUAAAGCUGCUGAAGCGUUGAUCAACAGUGAAAGAGCCAGACGUUUAGAAAGACUUAAAGCACAUUACAGGAAUAAUGUAUGGAAAAAGCGGGAUGGUCCGCCUCCAGACUGGGACAAACCACUGCCAGAAUGGCUUGUUAAGAGAGACGAGAACACCUACCUUGCAAUUAAAGCCAAAGAAAUGAGAGAAGGCAAGGAAGAAACUGAGAAAAGCUUCUGUGCAAUCAUGUGACCCUAGUUUUUAGUUAGUGUAAGUAGGCAAUGAAUAAAAUAUUUAUUGAAUUUAACAA